UGCGACGGCACAUGACGUGAUCAACAACACCAGCUGACAGGAGCCUUUAAAGAGAUUUUUUGGAGACGUCGUCCUGACUUCACUCAAACAUUUCAGCGUGUUGUUUGUUGUGUGGCAGUAGAUCGAGCGUGGAGUGAAAAAAUGAGUGUAAAUUCUGUUCAGCAUGAACGCACCGCCGAUAACACGGAAGACAACGAAACGGCUCCAUUAUUAGCACGAGCGGCGGAGACACGAACCAAAGGAGCCUCCUUUAUCUCCUCUGUGUUUAACCUGAUGAAUGCCAUCAUGGGCAGCGGUAUACUGGGUCUAGCAUAUGCUAUGUCUAGCACUGGCAUCAUUGGUUUCUGUAUUCUCUUGGUAAUUGUGUCCAGUCUCGCGGCGUAUUCCAUACAUCUCCUCCUAAAGCUAUGCAACCAAACAGAUAUCAAUUCUUACGAAGAUCUUGGAAGUCGAGCCUUGCAAAAACCAGGAAAGGUUCUGGUUGCACUCGCUAUUCUUAUCCAAAAUAUGGGCGCUAUGUCAUCAUAUUUGUUCAUCUUAAAGUCAGAGCUUCCUGCAGCCAUCAGCAGCUUUGCUGGCUCAGACAGCACAGGAGUGGCAUGGUAUGAAGAUGGCAGGUUGCUUCUGAUUUUAGCCACAGUGUGUAUUGUUUUACCACUGUCACUAUUGCCUAAAAUUGGCUUUCUGGGUUACACGAGCAGCCUCGCCUUCUUCUUCAUGCUGUACUUUGCAAUUGUGGUUGUGAUCAAGAAAUGGUCCAUCCCCUGCCCACUGCAGCACAAUGUGACGACAUUUUCAAGUACCUACCAGAUAUCAAAUUCCUCUGACUCAGAAUGUACACCCAAACUCUUUGUCAUCUCCAGUAAGAGCGUCUACGCCAUCCCCACCAUGGCCUUUUCCUUCCUUUGCCACACGGCUGUCCUGCCGAUUUACUGUGAACUCGACCGGCCGAGUAAGACCAGGAUGCAGAAUGUCACGAAUGUCAGUAUCAGUCUCAGUUUCCUGGUUUAUCUGAUUUCUGCCCUGUUUGGCUACCUGACCUUCUACGCUAAUGUGGACUCUGAGCUGCUGUUAAGCUACGAUGCCUACCUGCCGUGGGACGUCAUGGUGAUAACCGUUCGGCUGGCCAUCCUCUUGUCUGUGCUGUUGACUGUACCUCUCAUCCUCUUCCCCUCCCGUAAGGCUAUGAUCUUGCUGCUGCAGGGAGUGCAACCGUUCUCUUGGACAAUCCACACGAUAGUGACUCUAAUUAUCCUGAGUGUGGUGUUGCUAAUGGCCAUCUUUGUUCCCGAUAUCAAGAAUGUCUUUGGGGUUGUGGGAUCCACCACGUCCACCUGCCUCUUGUUUAUUUUCCCCGGAGUCUUCUACCUCAAGAUUAGCAGUCAGUCAUUCAGAAGCCGUGACUCGAUCGGGGCUGGAUUUUUGGUGGUUUUUGGGUUGAUUGUCGGGGUCUUCAGCCUCACCGUCAUCUUCAUCACAUGGGGACAGAGGGUUUGACCCUCAUCAGCUCUUCUUCCCAUGUCGUGGACACCAGCAGGGAAAAAGGGAAAGUGUGCCAAAGAGACUAAAUGAAUGAAUCAACAGAACAAUCGGAUGCUAAUCUACAUCUCCGCCGAUAAGUGAUUCACAGUAAACAUUUUCUCACCACGAGACUACAUCAUGUACAGUGAUGGAAACUUUCUGGAUAUUCCCAGAUUUCUGGUUUACGAGUAUUUUUGUUUGUUUUUUUACCUGAGCCUGAUAUCAUUUUAAGGAAAAUAGAAACCUGUCCAUCAUGUACAAAUUGUAUUUUGCUUAGAAAUUGUUCGAAAUACAGCAAAAAUGUCACAUUAUUUGCGAAUGAUUCCUACUUUUUGCCAUUUUUUUUUUUUUGUUUUGUUUUUGUUUGGUUUGUUGGACCAAGUGGCGGAUUACCAGACACAAUUCAGCCAAUUCAAGAUCCUUCUUUGGUGACUUCAGGCUUUUAGUUUUUCCCGAUCUCACUCCAAAAAAAGGUUGUGCCAUUUAUUUUCUUUUUUUUAAAUUCCCUUCUGCACUGCAUAUAUGUCAUUUUCUGCAUGUUGUGACUUUUAUAAAAGCCUCAUUUUGAGGCUACAGCAUAUUCCAAACAAGGACCAUGUUUGAUUCUCUUAAAUCCUUUUUACGUGAGUCUGUUUUUAACCAGCGGGAGUGUUAAGGUUUACUGACUCAGAACAAUCUGAGAGCGACACUUGUAAGUUUAUGCUGCAUAAUUAUUUAGAUUUUUGUGUUUAAUGUAACAUAAUGUUACAUUUCUGACAUUUAAUAAAAGCGAGCUUACACUUUUGAAGUAUUAAUAUUUCACUUUGCUCAUUUGGUCAGUGUUGUGAAAAGCACAGCAUGUCUGUCAGGGGCCGCUUUUGAUUGGCAGGCACAGUAUUGAUGUUGGGAGCUGGUCCUCGGCGCUGUGUCGCAGGUUCAGCCGGCUGUAAUGAAAGCCACAUGCUCGGUACGUUUCUAAUCACAAUGCUGUUUAGGUUCAUUCUGCCUUUGGAACCUACAGCCACCCGACUGCUGCUCUUAAUCUAAAGAAUUAGGCAGACGAGGCCCGCCAUUCCUCCAGACAGCAGCGGCUGCUCACGCUUUACGCCCCCUUAAGGACGUUUUCCGGUUCAGAAAGUACUCCCGGGCUCCGAAGGGCGUAUUUUGCCUGUUUUGGUUAAAGGAGUGUUCUCAAGCUCUUUAAGCGGGGGCCACGUGAACAGCCAAAG